AUGUCUCAGGCUGCAUUUGAGAAAGCAGCUGAGGAGGUUAAGCACCUUGAGACCAAGCCAGGGGACAAUGAGAUGCUGUUUAUCUGCAGCUAUUAUAAACAAGCGACUGUGGGUGACAUUAGCAUAGAGCAGCGAAUGUUGGACCUCAAAGGAGAGGCCAAGGCAGAAGCUUGGAAUGAGCUAAAAGGAACGUCCAAGGAAAACACCAUGAAGGCUUACAUUGACAAAGAGCUAAAGAAAAAUAUGGAAUAUCCAACCUACACCAAAGUAAGCAUUUAUUUCUCGCCUCUGUUCUUACUAGAAACCUUCUCUGGGUUACAAUCUAAUCCUCCAACCAAGAGAAAUAGAACUGUCGGUCUUGAGCCAGUAGUUAGGCGUCUGUCAGAUGCAGCCACGGCUUCUCCACAUCUGGAGGUACUUUCCCCUCCUACUGAAGACAUUCUGCUUCCUGCCCUGGAUCCUUCAUUUCCUGCUGUGCUGGCUCCCACAUCUCAACUCUCUGCUGAGUUCUUCGCCUCUGCUCAGUGUGCCGACCUGCAGAUUGGAAGGUGGCCUUAUCCCGCUGCAGCCUUAUACUUAGCAAAGAUUCUGAAAGGGACCUGCCAGAGGCAGAAUAGGGGAAAGCAGGGGCAUUCAUGCAGCGAGAGCAGAGACCGGUAUCCCCCAGCCAGGGAGCGAGGGUUGCAGAUGGAAACCAACCAGCAGAAGCCAGAUGCCCUGAGAGCCUGGAGAGAAUGCAGCAAAGGGAUACAAGCGGGCAGGUCACUCUAUGGUGAGGAAAUUGAAGGCAUGCGAUUUGCACCUUCAACUGAUGGGAUACGGGAAAGAAAAUAUUGA